CGCUUCUUCGCCCAGGGAAAGAACUGGAACAACUUCGCCAGGACUAAUCUAGCGCCAAUGCAAGGAUGGAUGAUGAGAUUAGAUGAUGAUGGGAACCUCAACGUUGGUCUGGUUUCUCCUUGGUAUCCGAGAGGGAAUGUCAAGUCCUAUCUGGCGGAGUAUCCGAAGGCGGAUCGCAAUAAAUUGGUUUUCGAUAUAUUCUGUGGCUUAAACUACUUACAUGAUGCAAAAACAGUGCACGGUAAUCUCAAACCAACAAACAUUCUGAUCAAAUUUGACGGUACGGCGGUGCUAUGUGACUACGGACUGCAAACUCUCCUACGCGAUACAGGUAUCACAUUCCAGAGUAUACGGUAUACUGCCCCCGAACUUCGUCAGAACGACGGUGGCGCAUUCCAAUGUAGCUAUGAGGGCGAUAUUUGGGCGUUCGGCUGUGUUUCGAUAGAAAUCAUGACGGACCAGCGACCAUAUGAUACAAUUGACAAAGAAACUGAAAUCCUCGUGACUGAGAUUCCAGCCUACACGACUGACAGCCUUCAACCCAUCGACAGCGCAGAGAUCAAAAGCUGCUUGAAUGCCCCCCCAAAGGAACGAUCAAGCCGCGAGGUAAUCCAGGAAUGGGUUGAUUGGCAGUCGUGACAGCAUUAUGAAUCUACACAUUUAACUUGCAUUUUGUAUGAAUGUAUAUUUAUCUUUGUUUAGCCUUUUGG